AUGCCCCGAAGUUCAUUAUCCCCGAAAGCAAAGGGCAAAAGGAAAACAUGGGACAAACAAGCAAUGGCCGAAGCUGUGGAAAUGGUGCGUUCCAAGAAAAUGGGCCUGAAAAAGGCUGUAAAAUUGUAUAAGGUGCCAAAAAGCACUUUGCAAAGACUAGUUCACGACACCGAAUAUUCACCCGAACAAGUUGUCGAAAAAAAGUUAGGUAGAAAACCCGUUUUUUCUACUGAAAUUGAACAACAACUAGUCGAAUACCUGCUGCUGAUGGAAAGCAAAUAUUUUGGGCUUACCCGCAGAGACGUUAAAGUAAUGGCCUAUCAAUUGGCUGUACGAAACGGAAUAAAGCAUCCGUUUGGGAAUAAAGAAGAAGCAGGUCGUGCUUGGCUGGAUCAUUUUUUAAAUCGUCAUAAACAAAGAUUGUCUAUCCGAACACCAACUGGAACAUCGUAUGCUCGGGCGAACAGUUUCAAUAGAGAAUCUGUAGCUAAAUUCUUUGAUAUCCUCGAGAUGGAAUACGAAAAGAAAAAAUAUACGGCUGACCGCGUUUUUAACGUUGACGAAACGGGAUUGUCUAUAGUUCAGACAAAAAUACCUAAGGUAGUUGGGUCAAAAGGGAAACGGCAGAUCGGUGCGCUGACGGCUGCUGAGAGGGGAUCACUAGUGACCACCAUUUGUGCUAUGAGUGCUUCCGGCAUAUUUGUUCCCCCUAUGCUGAUUUUCCCAAGGAAAAAUAUGACUGAAACUCUGAUGAGAGGCGCACCUCUCGGAAGUAUUGGAAAAUGUCAUCCAUCUGGUUGGGUGCAAAGCAAUUUAUUCACUGAUUGGUUUAGGCAUUUCAUAAAAUACACGAAACCAACAAUAGAUGACCCUCUUCUACUUAUCUUGGACGGACAUUAUAGUCAUACAAGAAACAUGGAAAUAAUAGAACUAGCUAGAGCAAACUACAUAACCAUAGUAUCCCUUCCUCCGCACUCCACCCACAAGCUGCAACCCUUAGAUAAGACUUUCAUGGGAGCUCUAAAAACCCACUAUAGUGAAGAGAUUCGUAUAUGGUUGCGUCAAAAUGAACGUCCUUUGGGUCCUUAUGAUAUUGCCGAACUUUUUGGGAAGGCAUAUUUAAAGUGUCAAACUGCAAGUAUUGCUAUUAAUGUUUUUUUAAAAACUGAGUUAUUUCCUUGCAAUAGAGGAAUUUUUACGGAUAAUGAUUUUUUAGCAGCUGAGCAUGAAGCCGUGAUGGCUGAAAGUACUACAGCUCAAUCCUAUCAUAUUAGAGCAAGUCCACCAACAACUACACAUCUAUGCUCUUUCAAUAUCAGUGAAACUGAUCUGGCAGAAGCAGGUUGCAGCUCAGCGCAACCCUCGACAACCUCGAGUAACUCCUUUGUUUCCCCUGUGGUUAUUGGGCCGGUACCAAAGCCAAAGAGAAAAAUGUCGAAUAAAGGACGAAAGGCCACUUCAGCUGCAGUAAUUACAAGCUCUCCAUAUAAAACAGAUUUGGAGAAUUCGCUCUCGUCGAAACCAGGUAGCACAAAAAACAUUUCGAGUCUUCAGUCUCGUGGGUUCAGCACGGAUAUUGUAAAGACUAGCGGUAAGCGAUCAACUUUAAAACAAUCUGAGAAAACGGCGCUUAGCCUCAAAAUUAGUUCAAAGAGAAUUCAAAGAAAAAGAAAGAUUUCGGAAUCCUCUGAUUCAGAUGAAUCGGUUCACGAUGGCACAGUUACUUCAAGUGAUAUGGAAAGCUCAGUUGAUAACAUAUCUUCCAGGACCAGAUGA